CCUGAGGCCUAGAGAAGUUCACUUGCCCGGGAUCGCACAGCUAGAAAGUGUGUGAAAAGACAGUUGCUCUGUGUUCAGGGCACACCGGGUGUUGAGGGAAGCAGACAGGUACACUGGAAAUAAUCGUGCAAAACAGAAAGAGGUGAGUGCUUCUUGGCCCGAGGAGGAAGCAUGCUGUGGAGCGCAGGAGAAGGGGCUGGCGCCUGCUCUGCACACCCUUCCUGCCCCCGGCUUCUGUGAUUUGAGCUGGGCUUUUAGGGAGGGCUAGGGUUUCAUCAGGCCCAGCAGGAUCGGGACGCUUUUCAGGUGGGGAGGACGGCUUGGGCACAGAGACAGGCAGCCUGGGGCAUGGUCAAGGAUAGGGAAGGAGUCCAUGCGCCUGGAGAAGAUGGUUUUCCCGGGGGGCAGUGAGAGAGCAUGCUGCAGGGAGAGCUAGAAGGGGUUUCAGUGCCUGAACUUCAUCAUAUGGGUGGGGAGCUCUUGAAGGAUUCAGAGUCGUCCCACCAGCAACUCAAGCAGAGUUCCGGCAUCCCUGGCAGGAGUCUGAGGACAGCCCCGUAUUGUCUACCCACCACUUAGUAGGGAGCUGAGCUGGAGCAGAAACGUUGUCACCUCCCACCAAAUAGUGUGGAGGCCUCAGAUGGGGCUCCCUACCCUGUUAAAAUGAUUUCUCCAUGGACAAUGGCAGCUACGAUACAGGCCAUGGAGAGGAAGAUCGAAUCACAGGCUGCCCGCUUACUCUCUCUAGAAGGUCGGACUGGGAUGGCCGAGAAGAAGCUGGCCGACUGUGAGAAGACGGCCUUGGAGUUUGGGAACCAGCUGGAGGGCAAGUGGGCCGUGCUGGGGACCCUGCUGCAGGAGUACGGGCUGCUGCAGAGGCGGCUGGAGAACAUGGAAAACCUGCUGAGAAACAGGAACUUCUGGAUCCUGCGGCUGCCCCCGGGCAGCAAGGGGGAGGCCCCCAAGGAGUGGGGCAAGCUGGACGAGUGGCAGAAGGAGCUCUACAAGCAUGUGGUGAGGGGCAACUACGAGACGCUGGUCUCCCUGGAUUACGCCAUCUCCAAGCCCGAGGUCCUCUCCCAGACCGAACAAGGGAAGGAGCCGUGCAGCUGGCGUCGCCCUGGCCCCAAGCUUCCAGAUGUUCCUGUGGGCCCGAGUCCAGGCUCAGGACCCCCGGUUCCUGCCCCUGACCUCUUAAUGCAGAUCAAGCAGGAGGGCGAACUCCAGCUCCAGGAGCAGCAGGCUCUGGGGGUAGAGGCAUGGGCAGCUGGGCAGCCGGAUAUCGGGGAGGAGCCGUGGGGCCUCAGCCAGCUGGACUCUGGAGCAGGAGACAUCUCUACAGAUGCUGCCUCUGGCAUCCACUCCAACUUCUCAACCACUAUCCCACCCACUUCCUGGCAGGCGGAUCUCCCUCCCCACCACCCCUCUUCCGCAUGCUCAGAUGGGACACUGAAGCUCAACACGGCGGCCUCCACGGAAGCAGAUGUAAAAAUCGUGAUAAAAACAGAAGUCCAGGAAGAGGAGGUGGUGGCCACACCAGUGCAUCCUACUGACCUAGAGGCCCACGGGACCCUAUUUGGACCAGGCCAAGCCACGAGGUUUUUCCCUAGUCCGGCCCAGGAAGGAGCCUGGGAGAGCCAGGGCAGCUCCUUCCCCAGCCAGGACCCUGUGCUGGGGCUGAGAGAGCCCGCCCGGCCUGAGCGGGACAUGGGAGAGCUCAGCCCUGCCGUGGCCCAGGACGAGACCCCUCAGGGGGACUGGCUGUUUGGGGGGGUACGGUGGGGCUGGAAUUUCAGGUGUAAACCUCCUGUGGGCCUGAACCCGAGGACUGGGCCUGAGGGGCUGCCCUACUCCUCGCCCGACAACGCAGAGGCUGUGCUGGACCCCAGCCAGGCCCCGAGACCCUUCAGCGACCCCUGUAAAUACCCGGGCCGGACAAAAGGCUUCGGCCACAAGCCAGGCCUGAAGAAGCACCCGGCCGCGCCGCCGGGGGCCCGGCCGUUCACCUGCGCCACGUGCGGCAAGAGCUUCCAGCUGCAGGUGAGCCUGAGCGCGCACCAGCGCGGCUGCGGGCCGCCCGACGGCGCGCCGGGGCCGGCGGGGGGCGGCGCGCGGGACGGCAGCGGGCUGCGCUGCGGCGAGUGCGGGCGCUGCUUCACGCGGCCGGCGCACCUCAUCCGCCACCGCAUGCUGCACACGGGCGAGCGGCCCUUCCCCUGCACCGAGUGCGAGAAGCGCUUCACCGAGCGCUCCAAGCUCAUCGACCACUACCGCACGCACACGGGCGUGCGGCCCUUCGCCUGCACCGUCUGCGGCAAGAGCUUCAUCCGCAAGGACCACCUGCGCAAGCACCAGCGCAACCACGCGGCCGGCGCCAAGGGCCCCGCGCGCGGCCCCCAGCUGCAGCCGCUGCCGCCCGGCGCCGCCGAGCCCUUCAAGAGCCCCGCCCCCAAAGGCCCGCUGGCCCCCACGGACCUGGUGACCGACUGGACGUGUGGCCUCAGCGUCCUGGGACCCUCGGACGGCGGGGACCUGUGAGGCGCCCCGGCCGCGCGGCCGCGAGGGUGGAGCCGCCCGUGCAGCGUCGGGGCGGGAGUGCGGCGGGGGAGCGGGCGCGCGGGCUGCUGGCCGGACCACCGGCGACAGAGACAUCGCACGGCCCGGCCUCCGCCUCCGCCUCCCGACGAAGUAGAGUUCUGAUUGUGAAACUGAGCACCAUAGAAUUUUAAGUAAUUUAAUUACAAAACCUUUUUUUUUAAUUCUUGAAGAAAAAGCUGGAAAAUAGUAGUAGCACCAGUUUAAACUUUAUAGUGUACUUUUGGUUUCUGAGCGUGCGUUUGUGUGGGCUGUGGGCUGUGUCCUUACCGAGCCUGACGUGACAGAGAGUGUGCUGGAAGGUUGGCGGGCUGGGGACGCAGGUGAGGAGGGCCCUGGACCUCCCCCACCCCACUGACUCCUGGGGACUGUCCGGUCUUAGCACACAGUCGCAGGGGCGUUGAGACCAUGCUCUGCCCAGGGCCGGGCCAGCCUGGGCCUGGGGCUCCCAGCCCCCUGGGGAGCGAGGCCAGCUGUGUGCUGUGGAGCCCCAGCCUCCGCUCAGCGGGGAGACUUGUCCAGGAGCAGCCUGUUCCAUUCCCAGCUUGCUUUUCCGUCGUAGGCCUCCAAAAGCGCUGGCCCUCCUUGUGUUUCCCGUUAGCAGCCAUCUGCUGCCCCUGUGGGAAGGGGGCCUGGCCCUGUCGCCCUUUUACGGGACUCCUGGGCUUCACAAGGGAGAGUUGUCCGAAAACACAGUGUCAGGGCUGCAGAGGUGACGAGGCUGAGGCGUGGGCAGUGGAAACCUGUGACACUGGUUAGGGCCAGAGCCAGGGCCCAAGCCUGGCCUGCCCGCCCCGAUGUGGGCCGGCUUUCCAGCCAGCGACAUGCUUCUACUUCCUUUUCUCCGUGUGUAGUGUGUUUUUCAUUGUCAAAUGCUUUCACAGCACAUCUCAUUUGAUCACUACCGUGACCUUGUGAAGCACACAAGACAAGUAUUCUUGUUAGAGAUGAGGAAAUGAAUUACUCAAAGAGGACACACCGCGGCCUCACACCUGCGGCUCACGGUGAGUGCCGAGAGUUGGGAAAAGCCUCAGGUUGAGGGAGGAAAGCUUUUCCUUUUUGCCCUCUUAAAAGAUUUGUUCCACGUCUGCAUGAGAAAAUCGUCAGGCUGCGAGGUUUAGUGAGCACCGGCUCCCCGGUGUGUGCUCACUCCCCCGGGAGGGCACUUGGCGAGGUCUGAGAGGCUGGUCAGGGUCCCCAGUGGACACCUUAAGGUGGAAUUGGAAACGGACCCGGGUUUCUGGAUUCCACUGCAGUGCUGCCCCUGCCACACAAGUAUCCGUUCCUGUUUCGCUGAAGCAGCCACUGGUUUCUUGUCCAGAAUGGGUAGCUUGUCUCCCUGCAGAGGGAGAGACCGUGGCUUCUGUUGGUCCCGCUCCCUCAUGCGUACCUUUGUUAGGCAAUAGACUAGUUAAGAAAAUUGUUUCUAUGUACUGUAUAUUUUGUACCUGUUUACAGUUCUAAUAUUGAUAUAACUGAUAUUUUGAAAACAAAUGAAGAGGAAACAUCCUGUUAAAAUAAAACCUAACCAGCACCGCG